AUGAUCCCUGUGCAACCAGUCUUUCCGAAAGAGCCCGUUGAACAUAAUGAGGCACAACAACCGAGCAAAGUUCGUUCUGCCUUGAAGUCACUUUUCAAGGAGUUUCUAUCCCACAGUACAAUCCACGGCAUGAACUACAUCGGAAUGGCCAAAUCCGCGCUAGAACACCUCUGGUGGAUGACCGUAUUCGUGCUGUCUGUGGCCGGCUGUGGACUGCUCAUCCAGCAGGUCUACCACAAGUGGGACGAAAAUCCGGUCAUCGUGAGCUUCGACGAGCAGCCCACACCGGUCUGGAAGAUUCCCUUCCCGGCUGUGACUAUCUGUCCGGAGGCGCAGAUCAAAACAGAUUUGUUCAACUUUACCGAGUGUCUCCACACGGAGUUCCACAGCAGCAGCAUUUUGGAUCAAGCAAGGCAAGAGCAACUGAUGGCGGUGCUGCAGUUGUGCGAUUCGUUUUUCCAUACUUUUAAAAUGUACACGGAAAACUAUCCAGAUGUUUCACCAAAAAUUGUUUCUAUGUUGAAAAACUUAUCAGUCACGAUGGAGGACACGAUCAAGUGGUGCAAUUACGGCAAAACUUUCUGCAGAGAGGCUUUCUUUCAAACCCUAACAGACAACGGCAUCUGCUACACGUACAACGGACUCUCCAUGAAGGACAUGUUCAACGACGGAGUUCUCCACGCGAGAGCUACAGGUCCAGCUACUAGAUACCACAUCAAGGUUGGAAGUCGGAUCAAAGACAUUGAAUCGUAUUGCAAGGAGGAGCAAGGAUUCAAGUUGGUUCUUCAUUCUCCGGACGAAUAUCCGGUACCGUCGCUCAAGUACGUCCUGCUUCCUCUGGAACAGGACAUAACAGUUGCCCUUCGGCCGCAGAUUCUGACCACGGCCAAAGUACUUCACAGUUACACCCCGAAACGGCGUCGAUGUUUCUUCAACAAUGAACGCAAGUUGAAGUUCUUUCGCUACUACAACCAGAACAACUGCGAGGUAGAGUGCCUUACGAACCACACCUUGGCCACCUGUGGGUGCGUAAAGUUCUCUAUGCCUCGCACGGAGGGAACUCGAGUUUGUGGCACCCCGGAGAUGCGUUGCGUCCUGGAUGCCCAAUCGUACCUGAUACAAUCGCUGGCUAAGAUAAAGCUCAAAGAGACGGUCGUCGUCUCAAAGUGCAACUGUAUGCAGGCCUGCAGCACGAUCGAGUACCAAACCGAAAUAACCCAGUCCAAGUAUAAUAGCUGGCAAACGUUGGCUCUUAGAUCAGCUCCUAUCGUUCCAAAUGCAACGCAACGAGUUGAUGAGACCCAGACCUCCAAGAUUACCAUUUACUUCAAGGGGGACGAAUUUCUAUCGAUGCGUCGAGGCGAACUCUUUGGAUUAACGGAUUUCAUCGCCAAUUGUGGUGGUAUUCUGGGGCUGUGCCUAGGUUUUAGCCUGUUCAGCACUGUGGAACUAGCGUACUACUUCAUCGCUAAACCUGUCCUUUUAAUUAGAAACAGUCGAAAGACUGAAGACAACAAACCAGUGUGGUAG